UUUUCUGUUCAUUGAUUUCGUGCAAAUAACAUGUUUAUCAUUCUAUUCAGGUGCAAUGAUGUUCAAGUUUUGGCUACAAAAAGUAAGAACUGCAUUGGAAAUAACUGUUUAAGUACACCUUGUACUAGUGGUGGAAAUUGCCUGCAUCACCAUUCAGAGUUUCACUAUGACUGCUUAUGCACUGAUGGAGUAACUGACAUAAACUGCAAAUUUAAGGGAGGCAAAAAGACUGGCGAUCUUAAUGCUUGGGUUUUAAUGGCCUUAUCAUCUGUAGUCAUCUUUAUAAUUGUUCUGGCUGUCCUGUUUCUUCUGUGUAAAUACUACUACAGAAGUCAUAGAGGGUCUCAAAUAAAAAUGGAUGCUCAGACAAGUACAAGUCAAUAUGCUGAUAAUAGAGAAAAUGAAGAGCACGGUGUCUCUUUUAAUAUGGAACAACUGAUGUCUCAUCCUCAUGAAAAUGAAGUUACCAUUUCACUGGAACUACAAAGUAACUAAAAAAUGAACUUGAUGAAAAGGAGCAAGCUGGUUCAGAUGAGACCAUACAGCAUUGAGAAUGAAAGAAGAAAGAACAGAGGAAGAGAGAAAUAAUUAUCAUCAGCAAGUACUUCCAUGACCCAAUAUAUGUCGCAACCAAUAUUCAUUCACACUGCUUCAGAAUUAUGUUUCAACAGUGAAACAAAGUAUCUUGUAUCAGCAGUAUUAUGAAUCCUCCACGUCAACUGUAUCAGCAAGAUGCCUCCAUCAAAGCUUUACAUGUAGUGAUACAUAUAUUUUUACACAAAUGAAGUACGAAGUUUGUAUAUGUCUUUUCUGCACUAUAUGGACCUCCAAUGAAUAACUUAUUUUUAUAGCAAUGUGCCUGCUACACACAGCAGCUGUUAAGCUAGUGUAGUCUGAUGACCAAUACAUGACUGAAGAACAGUACAAAAAUUUAAAUCCAUAAUUUCCUAUAGACUGCAGUGUGA